AUGAAGCUCGGAUUUAUCAACGGAUCUUGUAUGAUGCCACAAGAUGUAGAUGGAGUAAUGCAAUGUAAGCUAGUGAAUGCUAUGGUGAGAAACUGGAUAAUGAACACUAUGGAUCAAAACCUGAAAAUUCAUUUCCAAAAUGCUGUAACUGCUCAACAACUAUGGAAACAUAUUCGAAGUACAUAUGAAGGCAACAACAGACCAAGACGUUUUCAGUUAGGGAAGGAUAUAUCCACUAUUCAACAAGGUACUUCUGAUAUUGUUGAGCAUUAUUCCAAAGUUAAAUUGAUUUGGGAUGAAACUGCACAUUUGAAGCCAGCAAGAAAGUGCAACUAUGAUAGAUCAUAUGUUGUCAAUUGUUAUGGACGUAAGGUUGUAAGUGAAGUAGCGCAAGAUGUUGAAGAAGCAAAGUUGCUUCAGUUUCUGAUGAGAGUAAAUGACUCUUAUGAACAUGUCGUGGAUAAUAUGUUAGCAUCUGAUCCAUGGCUUUCAGUUCAUAAGGCAUUUACUAUUCUAGUUAAUGUUGAAACUAAUAGGAAUAUUAGCAUAUCUAAAGGAGAAUACACUGCAAUUAUGGUGAAGGAGAAGACAUAA